UGUAAAUACCAUGCAGAUUCUUUUUAUUUCCAAUAUGAUGAAGAUGAGCUACCUAACUAUCAUGUCCACAUGCAUGGAUUAUCCCAUGUUCCUUAUCUCCAUUUUCUUCAUCUCAUCAAUCAUUUUGUUCACAUGCUUCAGAUUCCGGACCGAAUCCAACUUACCACCAUCACCGCCGGGGUUACCAUUGAUCGGAAACCUUCACCUUCUCGGCACCCACCCGCACCGUUCUCUCCGAGCACUCUCAACCAAGUAUGGUCCAUUAAUGCUCUUGCAAAUGGGCCACGUCCCAACCCUUGUGGUUUCAACUUCAGAAAUGGUGAAAGAGAUCGUUAAGAAGCACGACGUCAUUUUCUCCGACCGGCCAAAAACCUCUGCUGCUGACAUCUACCUUUACGGGUGUCAAGAUUUGGGCUUUGCUCCUUACGGUGCGUACUGGAGACAAAUAAGGAAAGUCUGUGUCCUCGAACUCUUGAGCCUCAAAAGGGUUCAUCAGUUCCACUUCGUGAGGGAAGAAGAGACAGCUCUUUUGGUUAAUAAGGUCAGAAAAGGUUGUGCUGAUGGGGCUUGUAUAAAUCUCAGUGAGAUGUUAGCCGCCACUUCUAGCAACAUAGUCUCUAGAUGUAUUCUUGGGCAGAGGUUUGAGGAUGAAAAUGGUCAGAAUGUAUUCGGAGAGCUGUCGAAAAAGGUCCUGGAAGAUUUUGUGGCCUUUAGCGCUGCAGAUUUCUUCCCUAGCAAAUAUUUGAGAUGGAUCGACGUUGUUACGGGGUUUAAAGGUCGCUUGAAUCGGAGGUUUCAAGAGUUAGACACUUUCUUCCAACAACUGGUUCAAGAACACAAGGAUGUACUUAAGAGUGAUCAUAAUGGAUCUGGAAGGAAAGACUUUGCGGGUAUUCUCCUCGGACUUGAAAAGGAUGGCAUGCUUGACUUUAAACUCACUCCUGAAAAAACCAAAGCACUUCUCAUGGAUCUGUUCGUGGGCGCAAGUGACACUACUUCGACAGCGUUGGAAUGGUUAAUGGCAGAGCUUGUGAAAAACCCAAGAGUGAUGAAGAAAGCCCAAGAAGAGGUUAGAAGAGUGGUGGGAAAUAAGUCUGAGAUCGAUAUGAACGAUAUCAACCAAAUGGAUUACUUAAAAUGUGUCGUCAAAGAAAAUCUAAGGCUACACCCACCACUCCCUCUUUCACUCCCUCGAAAGACUUUAUCAAGUGUUAAGCUUGGAGGGUAUGACAUCCAAGAAAACACAAGGGUGCUCAUCAAUGUAUUUGCCAUUCAAAGGGACCCAAGUGAGUGGGACAAUCCAGAGGAGUUUUUUCCAGAGAGGUUUGAGAACAACCCAAUUGAUUUCAAAAUGGGCCAAGACUUCCAAUUCGUUCCAUUCGGCAUUGGGAGAAGAGGCUGCCCUGCUUCGGCUUUUGGGACUAUAUCUAUUGAAUAUGUGAUUGCUCAUCUAUUAUAUUGGUUUGACUGGACGUUGCCUGCUAGUGACGACGGUGGAACUGUAUUAGCUUCGGAACUGGAUAUGAGUGAAGAUUGUGCAAUCACUGUUCAUAAGAAAACUUCUCUUCAACUCGUACCCAAACCAUACUCCGUCUGAUCUAUUCACAUAAUGUUUAUAUAUUUAUAUAUUAUGUAUGUGGUGUACGCUUUCCAAACUAUUUGGAAAUUAUAAUAAAAACUUUGGAUUCCUAAUUUUUUUU